GGUGAAACUUUACCAGGAGCAGUUCUUCUCUUCCUGAUUACAAGAGGGGCAGCAGCUGGCUAAGGUGGGAAGCUGGGUGUAGAUGGUGUUUCCUUGCUCAUCAGGAGAAAUCUGGGAUAACAACAUCACUGGGCACUGAGUUAGGUGACAAGCUACCUGAGUGUAUGGACACCUACCUGGAUAGUACUUACCCCCCUGCUAAACAUCUAUGGGCUGGAACCCAUAAAGAUCUCCUUUUGUCAGCUGUGCCUCAGCAGUGUAAUCACUCUCCAAGGACUGGUCUAAUCUGGGCAUUUAAUCCAGGACUUUUAUUGCAGACCCCACAAGUUUCUGGAGACUGGCUGCUCAGGUAAAUGUCUGGUCAUCAUUGAGAAUCCCUUUUUAGGCAUGUGACACCUCACCUCCAUCACCUGUGGCUCAUUGUGUCAGUCAGUACUUAUCUUUAAGUGCCUUCCUGUAACACAUGUAUAGCCCCUUAUUAAUUACUAUUUAACACUUUUAACAGUCACUCAAUGUGACCACUAACAGUGGCAUAAACCUGUUACUAUAAUUUCACUUUACUGGCACUACCAUCUUGGUGUUUGUGAUACUAGCCUGCUGGUCUUCUGGAGAAAUGGAAUUGUCACAGCCAUCCUUACUGUGCAUUUUGUGAUACCGGGUUGUCUCUCUUCAGACAGUGAUGCCAGACUGGCAUCUUGUAGACUUUCACUGCCAUCUUUACUGUGCAUUUUGUGAUACCAGGAUGUUUCUCUUCAGACAGUGAUGCCAGACUGGCAUCUUGUAGACUUUCACUGCCAUCUUUACUGUGCAUUUUGUGAUACCAGGAUGUUUCUCUUCAGACAGUGAUGCCAGACUGGCAUCUUGUAGACUUUCACUGCCAUCUUUACUGUGCAUUUUGUGAUACCAGGAUGUUUCUCUUCAGACAGUGAUGCCAGACUGGCAUCUUGUAGACUUUCACUGCCAUCUUUACUGUACAUUUGGUGAUCUCAGCUAAAUGGACCUGGUAGACUGGCACAAUAUUCUAUGAUACCCACCUGCCAUCCUUUACACUGCCACUGACAUUAACAUACAGCAUCUUGUUAUACCAGCCUGUCUGUCCUUGUGGGCCGGCUUCACCAACCUCGCCGAGCUACUAAGUGCACUUUCAUUACUUCCACAGCCUACAGAUCUUGGGAUGUGGCCUUAGCUGGGGAACCCUUCACCAUGGUACCCUCGCACUGGGGACUUUUUCUGCUUCUGCUACCCCUCUGUCUGUGCCAGCCACCUGGGCACCAGGAUCUGGACACAAACCUUCAAUACUACGAUGAUAAUGUUAUUGACCUGCUUGAAGCUCUUAACGUCACGCGCUCCAUCAAAGGUGUCACCAAAUCCAAAGGUCGUGACUCUGGAGUCCCUGCUUGGAAGUUCCGUCAGCGGGUGCCACACCUCACCUUGCCCUGGGAUUAUUCUGUAUACCUCUUGUCUAGUAUGCAUGGCUCACUGGGACUGCAUUUUGUUGCUAAACAGGCUAAAAACAAUCAGGGAACACUAAUAACCUUCUUGUCCCCAGCUGCCAUGAAACGUGAUGGACAACCACUCCUGCGUCUAGUGUCUAACACACAGAAAGAUCAGCUAAAGCUGGAAUACAGAUCCCCACAAGGCAUGGAGCCCACCUCUUUGCUGCUCCCUGGUGGGUCUCCAUUUACUGGGUCCCAGUGGGCUCGGCUUGCCCUCAACCUUGAGGUACAUAAGGUGACAAUGUUUGUGGACUGUGAGGAACCUGUGGUGUUUGGAAAGGAAGAUGAGGAAGAGGUGUUGAGUCUGAUCCUACCACUGGACUUGGAGAUAAGCUUUGCCAGCAUUCCAGGAGACAAGGAGAGCAAAUUUAUAGGAUACUGGCAGACGGCUGAGAUCUCCCCAUCUGGAUUUUCACGCAGACCUUGGCACUGUGAGAACCGAUCAGAUUCCCUCCCUCUUCCAUAUUCUCUAUCAGAUGAGCGCCACUUAGAUGAUCAGGAUGUGCAGCUUGGACCACCGGACCACUCUGACACUCAUCAGUACCAGCAGCAGCAGAGCGAGGUGUCACCAGCUCUUCUUACUCAGGAAGACCGGCUGAAAAGGCUAGAAGAGGCUGUGCAAGGACUGACCGGCAUGCUAGACAUGGUUAAAUCUCAGAAUGCUGACCUCCAGGCCCGUGUGAAGUUUCUUGAGAGCUGUGAGUGCCGCCGACCUGUCUGUACUUGGGAGGGACGAAGCUACCAGGAUAGCGAGACUUGGAAGAAAGAUCAGUGCAAUAUCUGUGUAUGUGUCGGAGGUUCUGUGACAUGCUCAGUGCGUAAGGACUGGCCACAGUGUCUAGGUUGUACUCACGAUGGACGGAGUUACAAUAACAAGGAGACUUUCUCUGUGGGUUCCUGCACCUCCUGUGUCUGCCAGGAUGGAGAAGUCAUUUGCACUAAAAAGGAGUGUCCUCGUGUACCCUGCAGUGACCCAGUCACCCUGCCUACAGAAUGCUGCCCACGCUGUUUGCUUGGCUGCUCGGAUGGUCAUAAGGAAGGGGACACAUGGCUGAGAGACCCUUGUACAAGCUGUACCUGCCAGAACAGGACAGUCCUGUGUCAGCGGGAGCAAUGUGCAGAACUGAUCUGUACAAAGAGAUACACUCCACCCGGGCAGUGCUGUCCUGUCUGCCAGCCAGGUUGUGAGUAUGAGGGGCAGACAUACAGGAAUGGGGAACAUUUCCUCCUACAGAGUAACCCAUGUGUCAACUGCACCUGCUCAAAUAACCUGGUGCGAUGUUUACCCAUCCUGUGCCCUCAUGCACUGUGCAGCAAACCAAUGCACACCCCAGGGCAAUGUUGCCCAUCGUGUCCAGUGUGUGAGUUGGAUGGUCGGCCCUUGUCAUCAGGACACAAUGUCACUACCAGAGAUGGCUGCCAGCAAUGUAGAUGUCAGGAUGGUGAUAUAAAGUGUACUGACCUAGUGCAGUGCUCACUAACUUGCACACAUGGCGUCAGACGAGGUUCAUGUUGCCCAGAUUGUUCGGCUUGUGACCUGCAUGGUGACAUUAUUCCCAAUGGAGUGACCUUCCGGGGACAUAGUGACCCCUGUGAGAGCUGCACAUGUCAGGGCGGUAACAUACAGUGUGUAAGAAUCUCAUGUCCUGACCUGACCUGUGCGCUGCAGGAGGAUAUCCCUGGGGAGUGCUGUCGGCGCUGUAAAGGUUGCACUGAUGGGAUCAAUACACGGAAGCACGGGGACGAGUGGAAACCUCAGGGAGAGCCGUGUCAGAUGUGCCGCUGUGUGGAAGGCAUCAUCCAAUGCAAGAAACGGCACUGUGCAGUCUUGUGCCGAAAUCCAUUACCCCCACGGCCUGGCACCUGUUGCCCUGUAUGUGAUGGCUGUUCAUACAAUGGACGGAACUAUGUGACCGGACAAGCUGUAAGAAGUGCAGACUCUUGUACUCGCUGCACCUGUGAGAAAGGAAAUGUCCAGUGCAGCCCCACGCCCUGCCCCCCGACUCCCUGUAGGAAUCCUAUCCGGAAACCUGGGGAAUGCUGCCCGAGAUGUGAGGGGUGUGAAUUUGACUCCCGACUGAUAGCUGAAGGUGAAGUAUUUACCGCUGCCCAUGAUCCCUGUCUGAGCUGCAGGUGUUUGGCUGGAGAAGUGUCAUGUGACCAUCUGGACAGGCGAUGUCCCUCUGCACCGUGCAGCCAUCCAGGAAAGGUCACAGGACAGUGUUGCCCCACGUGUGAUGUGUGUGACUUUGAGCGUGUGCUGUACACUGACGGACAGACCUUCAGGCCCCCCGGACAUGGAAUUUGCCUGCAGUGCACAUGCAGGAAAGGAAAUGUACAAUGUGCGGAAGAGACUUGUCCCCCUGUAACCUGUCCAAAUCCUGUAAGAGAUCCAGAAAAGUGCUGCCCAAUCUGCAAAGUCUGCGUACAGGACGGAGUGGAGUUUCUUGAAGGAAUUGAGUGGGAACCUGAUGGAGAUCCGUGCAGCAGCUGCACCUGUUUGAAUGGGGACACAGUGUGCGGUGUCAGUCAGUGUCCCCCUGUAACGUGUCUGCAUCCUACUCGCAAUGGGGGUGAGUGCUGCCCAGAGUGUGAUACGUGCACCUACAACCAGCGGGUAUACAGCAAUGGGCAGACAUUUAACGACCCAGACAACCCCUGUCAGGAUUGUCAGUGCCAGGAUGGCACUGUGCAGUGCGCUGACAUUGUGUGCCCCCCAGUGCUAUGUUCUAGACCACAGAGAACACCUGGCCAGUGCUGUCCCAAGUGUCAAGAUUGCCAUCACCAGGACAUAGUAUAUGUGGAUGGAGAACAGUUUUCCAACCCCCUUAACCAGUGCCAGGAAUGUGAGUGCCAAGAUGGGCAUGUGACCUGCAAAGACAGAGGAUGCCCAGGAGCGCUGUGCUCCUACCCCCUGCCUGGCACCUGCUGCCAGAACAACUGCAACGGAUGUAACUAUGCUGGGAAGGAGUACCCCAAUGGUGCAGAGUUCCCUCACCCUACAGACACCUGCCGACAAUGUCACUGCAUCAAUGGCAACGUCCAGUGUCUAACGCAGAGAUGCCCUCCUCUGCACUGUGCUGACCCAUUUCCGGUUCCAGGGGAGUGCUGCCCUCAAUGCCCAGCGCCCCCUGCUGACUGCCCCUACUCUGGGGUAGUGUACAGACACAUGCAGCGUUUCUAUGAUCCAUCUGACAAAUGCCGUGACUGCAUCUGUAACAAUGGCACUGUCACCUGCCAGCGCAAACCCUGUGCUCCCAUCCAGUGCUCGCACCCACUGCAGGGUGACUGCUGCCGCUCCUGUGACGGCUGUCUCCUGUCUGGGAAGGAGCUAGCUAAUGGCGAGCAGUUCACGGAGCCUUCUGACCCCUGCUCGGUUUGUGUAUGCUGGGAGGGAAGUGUGAAGUGUCAGGCCAAAGCCUGCCCUGCCCUUAACUGUCCCUAUCCAGCUCCUGGGCAGUGCUGCAAGGAGUGUCAAGACUGUCAGUAUCUGGGUAAUGUGUACCUGAAUGGCCAGGAGUUCUCCUCACCGCAUGACUUGUGCAGCCGUUGUGUUUGUGCUGAUGGCUUUGUGACCUGUAGCAAGAAGCCAUGUUACAAAGCCGGCUGCAUCCACCCCAGCACUCCGGCAGGGAAGUGUUGCCCGAUCUGUGACGGUUGUUCAUAUAACGGAGCUGAUCUAAUUAAUGGUGCAUCUGUCCCUGAUCCAUCUAAUCCUUCCUGCUCAGAGUGCACAUGCAGGGCUGGUUCUGUACAAUGUAGUCGUAAGCUGUGUGUGUCCACAUCCUGCCCGCACCCUGUUACUGGACCUUGUGACUGCCCCAUAUGCCAGGGAUGCAACUUCCAGGGUCAUAACUACGCAGAUGGUGAGCAAUUCACUUCUCCGCAGAGUGAGUGUGAGCAGUGCCGCUGUAUGAAGGGUCAUGUGACCUGCAGUUUGCGACUCUGUGGUAAAGUGACCUGCUCACAUCCGGCGGAGGAUCCCUGCAUGUGCCCUGUGUGCAAUGGCUGCAACUACAAUGGACGAGACUGCACCAACGGAGAGACCUUUCCUGACCCUGAGGAUGAGUGCAGCCGCUGCUCCUGCAGAAAUGGGGAAGUGACGUGUGUGCCUGUGCCAUGCCCCCGUGCGACCUGUCUAUACCCUAUCACCCCACCGGGUGAGUGCUGCCCACGCUGCACUGGCAUCUGCAAACACAGUGGCCGUGUCUAUCAGAGCGGAGAAAACUUCCAGCUUCCAGGGGACAUUUGUACUAAGUGCUCCUGUCGGAAUGAGCAGGUGACCUGCCAGCGGGUGCAGUGUGCCCAGGAAUGCAGCCACCCUGUACCCUCCUCGCCCUCAGCCUGUUGUCCUGUGUGUAAUCACUGCAUGUAUGAGGGCCAGGAAUACGCUAAUCGCCAGACCUUCACCUCAACAUCUGACCCCUGCCAGCGCUGCGUGUGUUUAGAUGGCAGCGUUACCUGCACCCAUGUGGUGUGUCCUCAAAUCUUAUGUGCCAACCCGAUCAGUAGACCAGGACAGUGUUGCAAAGAAUGUGCAGUGUGCUGGUUCCUUGGGAAAGAGUAUAAGGAAGGCGCUCGCUGGGUGCCCCCUUCAGAUCCGUGCACUCAGUGUACCUGCCAGAGUGGUAAAGUGAAAUGUGAGCCGCCCCUGUGCCCGUCACUGCCCUGCACCCAGCAGGUGACAGACCCUGGAGCUUGUUGUCCCCGUUGCAGAGGCUGUGUGUAUAAUGGUCGAGAGUACAGAGACCACAGUAACUGGAUCUCCAGCACUGACCGCUGCAUGUCCUGUAUGUGUGUGGAUGGAGUGACCACAUGCUCCAGAAUACAGUGCGUAGCUGCCUGCAGUAACCAGAUCACUGUGCCCGGGGAGUGCUGCCCACUGUGUGCCAACUGUAUUACAAGUAGCAAGGUUUAUGUUCCGGGAGAUAGUUUUCACCCAUCUGAUGAUCCCUGUGAGAUCUGCACAUGUGAGAACUUGCCUGAUGGCCGCCAGUACAGACGCUGCAGCAGAAAGCAGUGCCCCAGCCUUCUUGACUGUCCUAUAAGCCACAUCUUGUCCCCAGCUCCUGGGCAGUGCUGCGCCACCUGUGCCCAGGCCCUAAGUAACUGCACAGACUCCAUGGUGGGUAGUGAGAUCCAGGCCACAGAUGAUCCCUGCUACACGUGCCACUGCAAGGAUCUGACAUGGGUUUGUGUGCAUCGUCCCUGCCCCAGCCUGAGCUGCCCACGUGCAGAGCAGUUUAGCCCUCAUGGCGCCUGCUGCCCUGCAUGCAAAGAAUGUGUGGUGGAACUGGAGGGCCGGAGAGUUUCAGAUGGAGAAUCCUGGACAGACAGACAAGAUCCGUGUGUCACUUGCACCUGUACUUUGGGACAUGUGGACUGUCAGAUUGAGGAGUGCCCUCCGACCCAGUGCCAGCAGGGAAAGAUGAGGGUCCGGAACCCUGGCACUUGCUGCCACGUGUGCCAAGCCCCUGAAGUCUCCUGCUUGUAUCAAGGUCAGAGGUUUCUAUCAAAUGAGCACUGGCAGGUGGAUGAAUGUACGGCGUGCACCUGUGUGUCCGGGGAGGUUCACUGUCACAGUGAGAGAUGUCCCCAAGUCAGCUGCACUGCGGAUGAAACACCAGCUCUGAUCCCUGGUAUGUGCUGCCCUCACUGCAUCCCACGGCCAGCUACCUGCAUUGCAUUUGGUGACCCGCACUAUAGGACGUUUGAUGGGAAGAUGUACCACUUCCAAGGGGGCUGUACAUAUGUCCUGAGUGAGGACUGCGAGGGAGGGGACUUCAGUAUUCAUGUGACUAAUGAUGACCGGGGGCUGCGUGGUGUCUCAUGGACCAAGGAAGUAACAGUUCUAAUUGGGGACGCCGUGGUGCAACUACUCCAGGACUGGGUGGUGAUGGUGGAUUACCAAACAGUCGAACUUCCUUUCCUGAAAGAGCCAUACAUUUAUAUAGAGAGAAAGACCAACACAAUCUUGCUGAACAGCAACAUUGGGGUGAAGGUGCAGUGGAAUGGCCGCUCUCACCUUGAGGUGAGUGUACCAGGGACCUACCGUGGCCAUCUCUGUGGACUGUGCGGGAACUUUAACAACUACCCCCAGGAUGAUCUGCGAGAUCGCCAUGGACAGAUCAUGUUAUCAGAAGCCACCUUUGGAAACAGCUGGAGGGUACAGAGUAGUAAUGAAUCUUCCAGCAGUUGCCAGGACGGCAGGAUGUAGACACUUGUAAGCUGGCCGGGGUACCGAGCCAGGAAAGAAGCCAAUGGGCGCUGCAAGCUAAUAAAGUCCAGCGUCUUUGAGCCGUGCCACCGUGUGGUCCCUCCUGAGAUGUUCUUUGCAUCCUGUGUGUAUGAUCUGUGCGCCUGCGGAGCCGGGGACGAGUGUCUGUGUGACGCACUGGAAGCCUACGCAUCUGAGUGCCGGGAGGCUGGUGUCAUCCUGCAGUGGAGAUCUCCUGCACUAUGUGCCUGUUGCUGCCCCCAUGACCGAGGGUAUGAGUUUGAUGAGUGUGGCCCCCCUUGUCCUAAGACCUGCUUCAACAAGGACGUACCCCUGGGGGUACUGGAGUCCACUGCCUUCAAGCCUUGUGUUCCAGGAUGUCAGUGUCCGGCUGGGUUAGUGGAACAUGAGUCUCACUGUCUCCCUCCUGAAUCUUGCCCCAAGAUCAUCCAUGGAACCCUCUGAAAUGAUACUGUUUAUGGUCUGUCUGCAAGAAGAAGAGGCUUUAGCAGGUUUCUAAGUACCAGCUCCCCAAGGGAAGAUGAAGUAUUUACCUUCACUUUUCAAACCUGACUUCCUCUUGAUGAUUGUAUUGUUUCUUCAUGUGUUAUGUCCCCUCUGCUUCCUGUCCUUUCUAUUCUUCUCCCUUCUCCGUUUGUUUCUUCCCAUACUGCUCACCUUCCUCAGACUGAUCUUGUCAAUAUCAUGAUGUGGUUCCUUGUUGUUAACUUCAGCCUAUUAGAGAUGGGAUAAAAGGACUAUUGCUUCUGGACUCAAGGACUGUUAGAUAACUAUUCAAGGAGGGGAAAAAGUGUUUGCAGCAGGACUUACAAGCCUAAGUACCCUCAUAAAUGUUCUACCCCUGUAUCAUCAAGAAAUUAUUUUGUUUUUCUAUUUUUAUAAUUUUAUCAUUCCUUUCAUUUUAGAACAACAUUUCAUGCUCAGAGGAUUUGUGUUGUGGAUGCGGGGAACAAUUCCUGGCACCCUCCAGUGUAUUAAAUCAUUGGGUCUAUUUA